AGCUUGUCGUACUUGUUUCCUAAAUAUGUUGCUACCUCGGGUAAGGAGUAUGGACACAUGUAGAUAAAUCGCCAAAUGUUUUAAAAAAAUGUCUAGCUCAGAGACUUCUGUACGUAAAAAUGGGUUGAGCAGAUAUUUUAGUGAGCGAUAGCAUGCAGUAUACAGUGGUUGUUUUUGCUUUCGAUAUGUCUGUCGGCCCAUUGUACUUCAGAAUUGAUAAAAGAUAAUAAUGGUAACGUGUUUUGCUGUCAGCUUGUCAAAUAGCGUAACAGACAAGAGCUGCUAGAUAGUUAGUUGUCAUUUCAUUUAUGGCGGCAGCUUAAGUUCAUGGAAAGCCUCUGUGAAGCCCUAAGCAAGUUACUGGUUAGAGAAAGUGAUCUAGACAAUAAGACAUCGUGCUCUUACUGGGUAGAUGUAAUUUAGAUCGCUGACCAGUGAUGACGGAUAACAUUACCAUUUGUUAACAUCAGUUUUAUUUUCUUUCCGCCGUCGUUUUAAAAUCUAGUUUUCAAAGUUAAUAGCACGAUGUUUUGGACGAAGAUGGGAUUUAAAAGAAAACGUCAGGAAUAUGCCCCAUACGACAGGACGGAGAGGUGGUAUGAUUUUGUCUGGGUGUUGCAGAGAAAGACUUAGUGUAGUUGGAUGCUUCGCUGCUAGCUGCUCACUUUGCACCACGAGUCGGGGAUCCAGUAGAAAAAAAGAACUUUCAGAGAAGAAAUUGACUAGCUACUUUGUUGAUCAGCGCAGAGUAAGGUUGGCGGCUGGCUCCGGUGGCAAAGGGUCCUGCUCCUUCCUCAGUGAACCCAGGAAAGAGUGGGGAGGCCCAGAUGGGGGAAACGGUGGCGACGGUGGAAAUGUGGUCAUUAAAGUUAAUCAGCAGGUGAAGUCACUGUCAGCAAUUGCCCCGGUUUACCGAGGGCAUGACGGACAGGCAGGGGGAAGCAAGAACUGCUUUGGCCGCAACGCGAACACGACCUACAUCCAUGUGCCUGUCGGUACCGUGAUAAAGGAGAACGGGAAUACCAUGGCAGACCUUUCCCGCGAAGGCCAGGAGUACGUCGCCGUGUACGGCGGAGCCGGGGGCAAGGGGAACCGCUUCUUCUUGUCGAACGAGAACCGGGCGCCGGUUACCACCACGCCGGGAGAGAAGGGCCAGGAGCGGGUGCUGCAGCUGGAACUGCUCACCAUGGCACAUGCGGGACUGGUGGGCUUCCCCAAUGCUGGGAAAUCGUCCCUGCUGAGAGCCAUCUCUAACGCCAGGCCGGCUGUGGCUGCCUACCCCUUCACCACACUCAAGCCACACGUAGGCAUCGUGCAGUACCAGGACUAUGAGCAGGUAGCAGGUUCAGACGAUGGAUGCCCAACCGAAGAAUUGGUCUCAAAUGUCGAUAAGCUUGUCAGCGGUGGAUUAAUGGAGGAGGCAGCGGCGGUGGGAGAUUCCGUGGAUGCUGCUGUCGAAGACUCCAAUGGCCAAAGCUUGAGGCUUCUACAUAUGGUUCAAUUUAUUAUAGGGACAGUGGCAUGGCUUAUGGACACAAUAAUAGAUGAUGUUUGUAAGGUGUGUGUGCAGCAUACUGUACCAACUUACGCUGGCACAUGUUACAACGGUCCGGAGCUAUAUUGUCUUCUUUAUAAUUUUGAAAGGGUUGCAAAAAAACUGUGCACGCCACGGUUGGUGGAUGUAAUGGUGAACAGUAUUACGGUGCUAAACCCAAAUCCACCCUUCGCCGCAAUUGUUCAAAGGGCUAUUGAUGCAGUUUUAAACAAGUUGAAAUAUGUGAGCGAUAUACGCAGCACGCUGGAUGGGUUAAUGCGCGAGGUUAUAAACCCUCAUCACACGAGUGAUGUGUAUGCAGCAGUUCUGGCUUACUGGCAUAUGCAUCGGCUCAAGCAGACCCCGACAGGCGUGAAUGGCGAAAUAACUACAGACGUCUGAUAUGUACAUGCUGUUUAAUUGUCUUUGAAAUGCUAUUCUAAAGGCUAUGGACCUGUUUUUAUUCUAUUUACUUACACGUAACAAAAUAAUAAAAAUGUGUUUAACAAUUA